AUGAUUCUAUCUAUCUAUCUAUCUAUCUAUCUAUCUAUCUAUCUAUCUAUCUUAUCUAUCUUAUUACAAUCGGGUAAUAAAAAGAGAGAAAAGGAAGAAGAAAAAGAGGAAGAGGAGGAGGAGGAGGAGUUUGGUUGUUAA